AUGGCUCCCGACGACGAAUCGCCCGUCAAACGCAUCGGCAUCGUAGGCGCCGGCUCUAUGGGCAGUAUGAUGGCCCUGGGGAUCGCAGAACUCGGCUUCGACAUUUCCAUCUGGGACAUCUCGCCUGACAAUGUAAAAGAGGCACUCUCGCGGAAACCGGAAGGAGGCCAAGAGGGUAAGAACGGCAAGAUCGACGGAUUCACCGACAUUGCAGAGUUUGUCGGCAGCCUUUCCAGCGAGGACCCGAAAGUCCUGAUCUUCAGCAUCACGCACGGGAACGCGGCCGACGAGGUCAUUGCGAAGAUGGGCGACCAUCUAGGCAAAGGGUUCAUCGUGCUCGAUGGCGGGAACGAGCAUUAUCGCAACACGGAGAGGCGGCAGCGCGAGCUGUCCGACAAGGGCGUCGCUUGGAUAGGCAUGGGCGUCUCGGGGGGAUAUCAAUCAGCGAGGCGAGGCCCCAGCAUGUCACCUGGUGGCGAUAAGGCGGCUGUGCAGAAGGUGUUGCCUAUCCUGGAGAAGUUCGCCGCCAAGGCAUCUUCGCCGGAGGAUACGAAGGAAUCUCCCUGCGUGGCCUACAUCGGACCUGGUGGCUCUGGACACUACGUCAAGACGAUGCACAAUGGGAUCGAGAACGGCAUGCUGUCCACACUGUGCGAAGCGUGGGGAAUCAUGAGGUAUUGUCUUGGCAUGUCGAACGGGGACAUCGGCAAGGUCCUCGACCGCUGGAACUCGGAAGGGUCACUUCGGUCGACGUUCUUGGUUCAGAUCGGGGCGGAGAUUUGUCAGAGGAAGAAGACGCCAAAGGGGGACGGGCAAGGGGAAGGCACAGGCGAGGGCGGGUACGUCCUCGAUGACGUCCUCGACAAGGUCGUCCAGGACGACGACAGCAGCGAAGGCACGGGCUUCUGGUCUGUCAUGGAGGCGGCUUAUCGGCGCGUGACUGCGCCCACCAUUGCGGCCGGUCAAUUCCUCCGCUAUGCCAGCGGAGAGAGAGCGGAACGCCUCGAGGUGGCCAAGGAACUUCAGACACCGCCGCCGAAGCAGGCGGACGUGCCAGACAAGGAAGCCUUCGUCGAGGAGCUCUGCAAAGCCGUCUACGCCUCGUUCGUGUGUUCCUUCUGCCAGGGCCUUGAACUGAUCAGCAAGGCCUCCCGCGCCGAGCAAUGGAACGUCGACCUCGCAACCUGCAUCCGCAUCUGGCGCGAGGGCUGCAUCAUCCAAUCGAGCCAGAUUGCUGACAUGCUGGAGGCGGCAUUGGCCGCCCAGCAGGGCAAAGAGACGUCCGACAUCAAACUGCUCAAGCCCGUCGCACAGGCCCUGCGCGACAACUACCCCGCGCUGAAGAACAUUGUGCUCAAGGCGACAGAGUGGGACGCCGUGAUCCCCAGCCUGUCCGCCUCGCUCGAGUACCUCAAAUACGACGGGAGUACCGCCCUGCCCACCCAGUUCAUGGAGGCCGAGAUGGAUUUCUUCGGAGCCCACGCGUACGAUCGACCUCACGUCAAGGGCGAGGAUCCCGGAAAGGCCAAGAAAGGCGCCCAUCAUUACGAGUGGAGACCGGCGUGA